AACGAAAGAAAAAGGCAAAAAUAAGUAAAAAAAUAAAAGAAAAUUAUUAGGGGGGAGAGAGAGAGAGAGAGAGAGGGAGAGAGAUGCUCUAACGAGGCACUCCAUGGUGUUCGCCACAGGGACGUAACCCUCAUGAGGAGUGGGAGGGAGGAGGAGGAGAGGAGGAAGGCGAUGAGCGGCGGCGGCGGCGGCGGUGAUGGCGGAAGCAGCAGCGGCGGCGGCCCCAAUCUCGAGUGGAGGUUCAACCAAACCCUAAGGAACGUGCAAGGGUUGCUUAAAGGACGCAGCUUCCCUGGCAAGGUUUUGCUGAGUCGCAGAUCCGAGCCUCUGAAUGAAUCUACAUCACCUGAACACUCUCAAAACUAUGCUCGAAGCUUCAGUGAGGGUGAUCAUGAGCAAGAUGACUAUAGGGAGAGCUCAUUUGAGGGAGAAGAUCAAAAUUCUGGAAGUAAGACAAGCAGUUCAAGUCUAAAUAAGUCAAGUAUAUCAUCAACGAGCAGUGCGAACUCUUCCAUAGAUGCUCAAAGAUUAGUUUCCGGGGCUAGAGCUACAGAUUCUGCGAGAAUUACAAAAUUCACGAAGGAGCUUUCUAAACCAGCUGUUAUUUUAGAGAAGUUACGCGAGCUAUCUUGGAGUGGUAUCCCACCUUAUAUGCGCCCUAACAUCUGGAGGCUUCUUUUGGGAUAUGCAUCACCUAAUUCAGAUAGACGUGAAGGAGUUUUGUCGAGGAAAAGACUUGAGUACGUUGACUGUGUUUCUCAGUUUUAUGACAUUCCUGAUAGUGAACGGUCGGACGAUGAGAUCAACAUGCUUCGCCAGAUUGCCGUUGAUUGCCCAAGGACUGUUCCUGAUGUUACUUUUUUCCAGCACGCACAAAUUCAGAAAUCUUUGGAGCGCAUUCUGUAUACAUGGGCUAUUCGUCACCCAGCAAGUGGAUAUGUUCAAGGGAUAAAUGAUCUUGUCACUCCUUUCCUAAUUGUGUUCUUAUCAGAACAUCUAGAAGGAAACAUGGAGAGUUGGUCAAUAUUGAACCUCUCUCCACAAAUUAUCUCUAAUAUAGAAGCAGAUUGUUAUUGGUGCCUCUCAAAGCUUCUUGACGGUAUGCAAGACCAUUAUACCUUUGCUCAACCGGGAAUUCAGCGCCUUGUUUUCAAACUGAAAGAGCUGGUUCGAAGGAUCGAUGAACCUUUAUCAAGGCAUAUGGAGGAGCAAGGGCUUGAGUUUCUUCAGUUUGCUUUUCGUUGGUUCAAUUGUCUCCUGAUACGUGAGAUACCUUUCCACCUUGUCACGCGACUGUGGGAUACUUACCUUGCGGAAGGAGAUUCUUUGCCGGAGUUUCUUGUGUAUAUAUCAGCUAGUUUUCUACUAACUUGGUCGGAUAAGCUCCAGAAGCUUGAUUUCCAAGAGAUGGUGAUGUUCCUUCAACACCUCCCCACAAAAACCUGGUCCCACCACGAGCUCGAGAUGGUCCUAUCCCGAGCCUACAUGUGGCACACCAUGUUCAACAGCUCACCGAGUCAUCUUGCCGGCUAGGCGUCCGUUAUGCUUAGCAGUUUCUUUUCUGUAUUCUAUUAAUUUACUUCUCAGGAAAGUCGUGGAUUUGUCGCCUUCAUAUCUAUGCUUGUUCCUCACAAAGAAGAAAAGCCAGGGCUGUUUCUUUCAUUUUUUUGUUUCUUGGUUUGAAUUCUUCAUGUAACUUAAAAGUUAUGACCCUUGUACAUUUCCGAGCGCUUGUAUCGUUGAGGAUGAAAAGAUGAAUCAAAAGUUACAGUGAAAAUGCCUUUGUUUUGUUAGC